AUCAGUCCUCAACCUGGCCCAAUGGCACCUCCAAGCCAACUCGCGAUCGCGACCUCUUCCGUUCAGCGACUGGUGAAGGAAGAAGCAUCCUAUCACAAGGAACUCACACAGCAACAAGCGCGUCUUGAAAAGCUGUUGGCCAGCACAGGUGAAGAAGAGAAUGCCGAGUACCAGUUGAAGCAGGAGCGCGCUGCAAUCGAGGAGACAAAAGCCGUGUUCCCACCCCUGCGACAGCGGAUUACCGACGCGCUCCAGAAACUCGAAGACCAACUCGAACUUGGACAGGAGAGAGGGGCAAGCGAAGAGGAGAUUGCGAAGGCCAAGGAGGUGAUCCAGCAGGCGAAGGCUGCUGCCAACUAG